GACUAGCCGCAUGCGCAGUUUCUAUCGUUGAUUCCGCCAGCAUCCCGUCAUGCCCCACGGAGCAGUCGAGACGUACCCUCCCAGGCAGCCCGGACGCUAGAGCGGCGGCAGCAGCAGCCAGGCCGAGGCGGCUGAUCAUGUCCGAGAAGAAGCAGCCCGUGGACCUGGGGCUCCUGGAGGAGGAUGACGAGUUCGAGGAGUUCCCGGCGGAAGACUGGGCUGGUUUAGAUGAAGAUGAAGAUGCACAUGUCUGGGAAGACAAUUGGGAUGAUGACAAUGUAGAAGAUGACUUCUCCAAUCAGUUAAGAGCUGAACUAGAAAAACAUGGAUACAAGAUGGAGACCUCCUAGUUUUCAGUGAAGAUGGAAUAAUCUAAAAUUGAACUGUAGAUUGAAUUCUUGAAAAAAGAAGACAGGCUGGGACAUGAGAUGAUACAUUCAAUCCAUUAUCAGUUUGCAUUGAUUUAUUUUGGUUUUGUAUAAAUAAUAAAAAUUUUAAUCUAAA